AUGGUAUUCGGUAAUGCGACUGGCAGUUGUGAAGGUAAUGGUAGUAGUAGUUGUGGUGGUAAUGGUAAAGAUAUUGGCAGAUAUAAUGGUAAUGGUUAUGGUAAUGACAAUGGGAAUUGUAUUGGUAAUGGUGAUGGCAAAGACAAUGCUAAGGACAACGGUAAUGGUAAAGGUAAUUGCAAUGAUUGGAAUAGUAAUGGUAAUGUUAAUGAUCAUGGUAAUGGUUAUAGUAAUGGUAAUGGAUAUAGUAAUGGUAAUGAAAAUAGUAGUGGAGGUAGUUAUAGUAAAGAUAUUGGUAGAUGUAAUGGUAAUGGUUAUGGUAAUGACAAUGCUAAUGACGGUAGUAAUGAUAAUGGUUAUGGUAAAGGUAAUCGUAAUGGUAGUAGAGAUGGAGAUGGUAAUUGUAAUGGUAAUAAUAACGGUAAUAGUACUUGUAAUGAAAAUAGUAGUGGUUAUGAUAAUAGUAAUGCUUUUAGUAACUGUAAUGGCAAUCGUAACAGUAAGGUUAUGGGCAUAACACAAUAUCAACCGAAUGCCAGCAAUUUUAGAACAUUUUCCUAA